UCUUAUUUUUCUUCUUCUUCUUCUUCUUAUUUUUCUUCUACUUUAGAAACCAAAUUUUGGCAUAUUGCCUCUCUCCUUCUGUUACAAGAAAAUCUACCAACCAUUUCCCAUAAUUUCUUCAACCACACUCUUUUCUGAUAUCUCUUAAUCAUUUUAGACAUGAAAGUGGAAUUAGCUGGUCUAGUUUCCUUCAAAUCCAAGCUUUCUAAGCCAUGUCGAAAGCUCCUCCAUGUCUUCAAAUUCCGAAUGAGGAAGCCCUUCUCAAUCAAACCGCUCUGGGCUCGUCGUCAGCCACGCAGCUCCAGAGCCACGUCUUCCAAGCCUCCUAGGAGAACUUGGCCCUGGCUCUGCUGGCUUCGAAGAGUGGGGAAGAUGGAAAGCGUGAGGGAAUUAAGGGGUGGUGGGGGCGGCUCGGACGGAGCCCGGGAGAAGCUGCUGUUUCCGACCCCCGGGAGGGGACGGAAGGCGGCCGAGGCGGUGGAGGAGGAGGUGGAAGAUGCUUGUAGGAGCUUUGAGAACUAUUUGGUGGAGAUGAUAACUGAAGAAGGGAAGGUGAGGGAUUUGAUGGAUGUUGAAGAGCUCCUGUACUGUUGGAGGAAUUUGAAGUGCCCUGUGUUUGUGGAUUUGGUGUGCAGAUUCUAUGGUGAGCUUUGUAAGGACUUGUUCUCCUCUGAUAAUGAAGUUUCUACUCCAAACUUGCUACCCAAGUAAAACUUUUAAUCAAUAAUGGAGUUUUUGCUUUGUAAUGAUCUCUUGAGUUCUUGCUUUUUCUUAUUUUCCAGUUUAGACUUUCAUAUAAAAUUCAUUCAAAUCCCUCUCUUUUGGUGGAAGAUUGGUGAGAAAAGAUAGCAUCUGCUGUAAUUUGUAAAUAGAAGUUCCACUGCUACCAGAAAUUUGAAUUUUUUAUAUGCACAACAUUGUCGUCAAAGCUCAAUAUUCAAAGCCACAUAAAUAUAUG